AUGCCUCGUUCCACUGUCCACCGCAUCGUCCACAGGGUCACUGAGGAGGUGGUGGCCAUUCGCCACAAAGUCAUCCACCUCCCGAAGACCCCUGAAGACCUGGUGGCAGUGACCAAUGGGUUUGCAGGGCUGGUAAGACACCGCGCUUUUGGGAAAGCAGCGGGAGCAAUCGACGGCUGCCAUGUCCGUAUCAAGCCACCGAGCGGCCCUGAUGGUCACUGCUACAGGAACAGGAAACUGUUUUCCUCCAUAAUUCUGCAGGCUGUUUGUGACCAUCAGGGCCGCUUUCUUGAUACGUACGUGGGCUGGCCUGGAUCAGUCCAUGACUCCAGAGUCCUCCGCCACAGCCCACUGUAUAGGUCACUCUACCCUCCUCCAGGGCACUUCAUCCUUGCAGACGGCGGGUACCCUUGCCUCCAACACCCACUACCCCUCAUCACUCCCUACAAGAGGCCAGUGCGAGGUGUGGGAGCCCAGCGCUUCAACUGGCAUCAUUCCAGGGCACGCUCCAUUAUAGAGCGUGCUUUUGGAAUGAUGAAGACCAGGUUCAGGGCCAUCUUCCUGCAAGCGCUGGAGGUGCACCACACCUUCGUACCUCACGUCAUAACAGCAUGUGCCAUCCUCCACAACAUCUGCCUUGGGGCCGAUGACAUCAUGGCCCCAGAGGAGGAGGAUGAGCCUGAGGAGGAUGUAGAGGAGGAUGAGGGGGGCGAUGGUUUGGAGGCAGUCAGUGGUGCUCCCUGGCGGGACCAGCUGUCUGCAGAGGUGUCUGCCCUGGAGGAGGCCCACCCUGACCACCAAUAUAUACAGGCAAGUAAUAUAAUUGAAAAGCUAUUUCUAUUUAUUUAAAAUGUUUUGUAGAAUAGUUUUACCCGUUCAAAUAAUUUGUGGCAAGAUUUCUUUUGUCAAAAUAAGGUUGUGUAGUAUUUAGUAUGCACUCUUAUUCUUGCCCUUUUCCAAAUAUAUUUUAG